AGAUGUAGUUUGACUUCUCAGCAGGAAGGACGUGCUUGAUAAAAUAACUGCGAUUAUGUGAUUUAUUUUUGUGAAAUAAAAAAAAUUUUAUAAAUUAUUUUGUGCUAAAUUUUGAACAAAAUGUGGUUCACACGUUUUUUUUAUAUUUUAAUUUUUGUGGUGGCCGUUAAUUCAACACCGCCUAUAAGUUUUGAAGCUAAUCCAGAUACAAAACGCCUCUACGAUGACUUGCUUAGCAAUUAUAAUCGCCUGAUACGUCCAGUGGUGAAUAACACAGAAACCUUAACUGUUUGGUUAGGUUUGAAAUUGUCCCAAUUGAUUGAGGUGAACUUAAAGAAUCAAGUCAUGACAACGAAUCUCUGGGUAAAACAGCGUUGGUUUGAUUAUAAAUUACGUUGGAACCCUGAAGAAUAUGGUGGAGUUGAACAACUUUAUGUACCAUCUGAGCACAUAUGGGUGCCUGAUAUUGUUUUAUACAACAACUGGGAUGGUAAUUAUGAGGUCACGUUGAUGACAAAGGCUACACUAAAAUAUACCGGUGAAGUAUUUUGGGAACCACCCGCAAUUUACAAAUCAUCUUGCGAAAUGAAUGUCGAGUAUUUCCCAUAUGAUGAACAGAUAUGCUUCAUGAAAUUUGGUUCAUGGACUUAUAAUGGCGCACAGGUGGAUUUGAAGCAUUUGGAUCAGGUGAGUUAG